AUGUCACAGCUUGAUCCAAAAGUUUGGACUCAAAGCACUGCCGACAACGGUGAUACUGUCUAUUAUUGCAAAGUGUGCUGCGAUUCACGCGCCAGAAAGGCAUUCAAUUGCCCUGGACAUGAACGCACUAGCACUCAUCUUGCGGCACUAAGCCGGCAGCGGCAGCCAACACCAGCUAGUUCGACAAUCAACGAAGUCCGCGGUAAUCCCACGGCAUCCAUUUCCAACCACAGAAUCAUCGACGAUGCUUUGAGAGCUCUUUUAGUUUCCUCUUCGUCAAAUCCUCGCCAGCCUAUGUAUCACUUUGGCUGCCCUCCUCUUCAAUCUGGAACUUCACAUGCAACUCCGUCAUCCCCUCCUCUUCAAGCUCCAACCCAGUCUGGCCCAGUUUCUCCUCUUACCGGCUUUGACUGGAAUUUGUACGAGGCAACUCAAGGCAGUACAGAUCCUGACCAAGAAGAUGAGCCUACGCCUUGUAUACGUGUUCGUGAAGGCGUAUGUCAGUGGUUACUUGAUCUACUAGAUGGUGUUGAAGAAAAUGAUGACCCGGUAGGGGAUAUUUUGGUAGCCAGUGAGGAGUCGGACUCAAGUGCUGAUGAUCUCCCCGCUCGUCCUUCAGUCAAAAAGCGUACACGAACACAAAAUUUGGAUCCUAGGGAGCUGGAAGAAUGGUAUCCAUGGCAGGAUAAAAUUACAUGUUCUUUAGAUAUCUUGAUGCACUUGCCCCGUUCUGUGUUUUCGCGUAAACAACUUGAUUUAUUUUUGUGGAUUUUACGCGUGAACGAAGUUCGGAAUGUCCCCAGCAUCAAGACUAUGAAGACUCUAAAUUCUGCACUUCAAAAAAUGUGUGGCAUUGAUACUAUUCCAUAUACAAGCACCCGUGGCACAAAUUACAGCAUGAACAACAUAUCCCAAAUUCUUGCCCAGGAAAUGAGCAAUCCAAAAGUGCGACCGUACCUGAGCUUUUUCCCAGAAGACACCGGCAAGUCCAUCCAAGAAGCACGACAAGCUGCAAAAUGGUUGCACGAAAUAAUUCCUGAAAGAACGACACCCAUGAUACGGUUACACAAUGCUGACUAUUACAUUUUUGAGCCAACUAUGUUAAAAGAUGGCUCAUGUGUUAUUCCGUAUCGGUGGUAUGUCAAGAGCGGGCACAUGUAUGCGUGUUCGUGGGUCAUGGAAAAGGAAACAUCAGAAAAUGGAACGGUUGGAUGGGUUGUUCGGAAGGACCGUAUCCGAGAGGACCAACAUCCCGAGAUUGUGUCUUGGACACAUACGGAUCCUGCUACAGGUAAUCGCUGGAGAAAAUUGGCACAAGGUCACCGAACAGUGUGUCUUCCACUCUGGCUGUAUUGCGAUGACACAUCUGGCAAUCAGUCCAAGCAGUGGAACGAACAUAACAGCUACUUAUUUACCUUAGCUGGGUUGCCGCGUGACCAAUUGGCCAAAGAAUAUAAUAUUCACUUCAUAUGUACCUCAAAUGUUGCACGGCCUCUCGAAAUGUUGGAAGGAGUUGUUAACCAAAUAAAGUCAGCUCAAGAGACAGGUAUAUGGGCCUGGGACUGUGUAUAUAACGAAGUGGUGCUUGCGUAUCCAGCAGCAUUUGCUUUCUUAGGUGAUAACCCAAUGCAGAAUUCUAAUCAGUCACCAUUGUACAGUCCUGUUGCUUCAGAAAAUGGAGGCGAGAGCAUACCACACAGUCCAGCUACUUCUGAUCAUCAAGAUGAUGUAGCAGUCAGUCGAAAACGCAAGCCAGAAAGCAUGGAAUCAAUGGUCAAACGUAUUACAGCUUUUUUAGAGACUGGCAGGUUGCGAUGCAAACAAGAGACUAUACAAAUAUUGCAGUCCUAUCUCAAUUUAGCAUCCAGUAUUGGCUCCAAAACCAAGCUCAAAACCGAGAAAACAAAGACCGGUAUCAAGGACACUUACCAGGAUUUCUUUCUUGAGAAGUUACUCACGUCGUACGCAAAGAAAAAGGGGCCGAUGGAAAAGCAAGCUGCGCUUGAUGAAGCAAUACAAAAUCUACCGGAUGAUAUUAUAAGCCCAAUUUGGGAUUUGGACGAAAUCGAUCCACAUCAAGACACACCAGUUGAAAUACUUCAUGUUGUUUUGCUGGGUUUUGUGAAGUAUUUUUGGCGUGACCUUGUUCAAAACCAGCUUAACGAUGAAGGCAAAAAGCUGUUAAUUCAGCGACUCAACAGCUUUGAUUAUGCUGGUUCUCUCACUGGCCGGGAUUUCCAAGCGAUAUCGCAAGUGGCACCUCAUGUCAUUUACGAUCUUGUUCCCACCAAUGUCUUUGACGCCUGGGUGUCGCUUUCAAGACUUGUUCCACUUAUCUAUCAGCCCAAAAUUGACGAUAUGGACAAAUAUCUUGUGAAACAUGUGCGACGGUUUGGUCCUGCAAUCAUAUUUGCUACUGAAUCUUUUGAAUCAUUCAAUGCAGUGAUUCGAGCUAAAAGUAUUCAUAGCAAUCGCCAAUCCCCAUCGCGAGACAUCGCCAUGGCUUUCGCCGAAGGCAAUCGUAUCCGACAUUUACUGAGUGGUGGGCUCUUUCUCCAGAAUCGCCAUCGUGACAUCCAGCAUACUACUGCCAGAGAUUGGCGAAGCAUUGGUCCAGGCCCGAACAGAAUUAUUGCCAUUGAUACAAUUAUUCCCAGCUAUCUUGGGCUAAUGGCUGCCACCGAUCCGUUAUUUUCAUCGGGACGAUGUAUAGUCGAUAAAACCCCUCCCAGGCCUCUUACGCAAACUCUUACUGGCACACUCCUUCCCAAUGUUGCCCUCGGAAACCACUCAUUUCAAACCUGCAAGCAAGUUCAACUCGAAAACGGCGAAAAUUGUGAACCAGGACAGUACGUUAUAGUGCAGGCACGUCAGCCCAAUGGCGCACCUCGAGCACCCUUUGUUGCCUGUGUUAAGGAAAUCGUACUGCAGCUGGGAUCAAGCAAUGGUGCCAAUGGAUAUCCCGAAGGCCUACUGUUGCAGUCAGUGUCUACAAACCAGGUUAACAGCAAGCUUCAAAUGCCUGCUCUGAUGCCUCUGGAAGAUACCUGGUCAUUCCUUCCUCUCUCGAAUAUCUUGUGCACUGUCAACGCGCCACAUGACUGCGCACAAUAUAACUGCACAGCGAGUGGUGUUCGAUAUGUGUAUCAAGAGCGCAAGGCAACAACCAUCAAAACUCCAGUCAUUGAACAUAAAGUCAACCCUGACCACCGUGUUCUUAAUAUGGGGCAGAUGCGCAAUUCUAUUCAUCUGCAGCAAUUUCGCGUUCCUGCACGACCGAUUCCUAACAAAUUGGAAACAAUACACGAAGCUGUUUCCCGUACUAUUGAUACACGAAAGGCGGCAGCAACCAGCGGUCGUGCCACACGAGGAAGGGAGAAAGCGGCUCAUAAACUUAAAGGGCAAGGCCACAGUCGACAUCGUGACAUAGGCCAAGAUCGACAGGCUAGUAUUCCUAGUGUGUCUCCCCUUUCGCCACUUCCAUCUGCACAGACUGCUGCUUCAUCAUUGCCACCACCCUCGCCAGUGGUUUCCCAGGCCCAGCCAUAUCCUUACUUCUUUUGGCCACCAGCACCCUCUAAUACAGCUUAUCCACAUUACAAUCGACAACCACAGCAGUACCAAGGGUAUACGAUGCCAUACCCUCAGCAUUGGGUUCCCAAUUCAUCAUCGUCGUGGGUUCCAAUGCCCCAUCUGCCGCCGCCAACUCAACACCCAGAUGGUCGUUAA